AUUAUUCUACUGCCAUAAUUUAAUAACAAAUUGUACGUGUCUUUUAUGUUUACUCGGUUAAAUACUUACCAAAAUUAUAGAAAUGUUAAAGUAUAUUGCAUUGUUACUGGCUUUAUAUGUUUGCGGCAUAUUUGCUGAGUUCACAGCACAGGACUGCCGAGAACUUGGCUUUAACAAAGCCCAACUAAUGUGUUCAUCCUGUGAAAAAUUAAAUGAUUUCGGUUUGGAUUCGAUAAAACCACAUUGCAAGGAGUGUUGUACGCCUGAUAAACAGCCGGCUGCACAACGGCGUUGGCCGAAAGCCAUACUCGAAGUAUGCACAUGCAAAUUUCGUGCUUAUCCACAAAUUGAAGCAUUCAUAAAGAGUGGUAGACCGGCGAAAUAUUCGAAUUUACAAAUUAAAUACAUGCGUGGCCUUGAUCCGACUGUCAAAUUACUAGACGCUCGCGGUAAUGUGCAGGAGACGUUAUCCAUAACCAAAUGGAAUACAGACACCGUCGAUGAGUUCUUCGAUACGCAUUUAGAGAAACCAGCUGGCAAAAAUAGCGGCAAAUCUGCUUAUAGCGUGGUGGAAGAGGAAGACAGUGACGAUUACCUUGAAACAAAUAGAAUUUAGUAGCAACUUGUAACAUAGCAUAUUUAGCAAAUUAUUCAAAUUAAUUUGUGUAUUAGCUAAGUUAAAUGUGUUUAUUUUAAUAGUUAAGUAAAAUUACAAAAAUAUCUACUUA